AUGGAAGGUGUUGAACUUGUCUUGGCUCCCGUGCAUAUCAACAAAAGCCACUGGGCUAUGUCUUUCGCAAGAAUGCAAAAGAAGGAAAUUAUAGUAAUGGACUCUAUAAAUAAUGGACGUGCUGGAAGCACGAAAAAAGACUUUAUGAACAUGCUUUUGAACAUUCUUAUGGAUGCUGCUGAUCAGUUUGCAAUGGAUAUAGGCAAAAGAGAAGACUGGACAUUAAAAGAAUUGCUAGAUGUACCGCAACAACAAAAUGGAAUAGAUUGCGGUAUUUUUUCCCUCUUAUUUGCGUAUUAUGAAGUUGAUGGAAGAUGUAUGGACUUUACUCAAGAACACAUUAGCUAUUUUAGAAGGAAAAUAUGUAGAGAUUUGUUACCAAGCCAAUAG